UUUGUCAACACCGCGAAAACUCAUUCAGCGUGCGAGUAGGAAAUCCCCCUUGUCAAUGCCGGGGUACAUUUACAAUGUCGGGAUACAACGUUGGCCAAGUCGAAGCACUGUUAUCUCCUGCCAAGGACCGAAGCGGCUUGGUGAAGUCGAGGGACAGAUGGGGGCGGCAGGCUGAAUUCAUCUUGACGCUCAUUGGCUUCGCCGUCGGAUUGGGAAACGUGUGGAGGUUUCCAUACUUGGCCUACGAGAAUGGAGGGGGUGCAUUUCUCAUUCCGUAUAUCCUUAGCCUCGUGUUCAUGGGAAUCCCGCUCUUUUGUCUGGAAGUUACGUUUGGCCAGUUUGCCAGCAUGGGCCCUCUUUCCAUCUGGGCCAUCAAUCCACUCUUCAAAGGUCUUGGAUACACGAUGGUUAUUCUGUCAGGUGUUAUAUCUAUCUAUUACAACGUGGUGGUAGCGCAGUGCAUUUACUUCUUCUUCGCAUCCUUGACCUCCACGUUGCCAUGGAUAUCAUGUGACAACCCGUGGAACACGUGUCACUGCAUCAGCAGCAUCGCCAACGCCACGUCAGAAGCUGUGCUGAAACAAACUGGCUUGAACUGUACUGGUGUCAACAUAUCGGUGAGCACUGCAAGGACAUCAACAGAGGAAUAUUACUACCGGCGUGUUCUGGACAAGUCGUCCGGUCUCGAUGUUCCGGGGAAUAUCAAGUGGGACCUCACCGCGUGCAACCUACUCAUAUGGAUUGUGAUCGCUGCAGCUCUCUGUCGAGGUGUGAAGACAAUGGGCAAGGUGGCUUACUUCUUCUCCAUCAUCCCUUACAUCUUGUUGACGAUCAUGCUGAUUCGUGGGGUCACCCUGGAGGGUCACGAGCUGGGGAUAGCCUACUACCUCAAUCCUGAUCUGUCCAAACUCAAGGACUCUAAGGUCUGGCUCGCAGCUGCCUCGCAGAUCUUUUUCUCACUGAGCGCGUGCACCGGAAGCCUGACGGCCAUGUCUAGCUACAACAAAUUCACCAAUAACACCAUCAGAGACAGUAUUAUCAUUCCAAUUAUCAACUGUCUGACCAGCUUCUAUGCUGGGUUUGCGAUCUUCUCAACUCUUGGAUUCAUGGCACACCAAAAGAAAGUCAGUAUGGAAAACGUCACCGAACAAGAUGCAUUUAUUCUGUACAUCCGAUUCUUUCUUAUCGUUCUGGUGAUUGUAAUAGAUGCAUUUAUUCUGUACAUCCGAUUCUUUCUUAUCGUUCUGGUGAUUGUAAUAGAUGCAUUUAUUCUGUACAUCCGAUUGUUUCUUAUCGUUCUGGACGACAAUGCCCGUGCUCACCGUGCACGAAUCGUCAAUGCUCACUUCCAGUAG